GCAGGUGAAGUUUCUCGUAAGGAAUGGCUGCCUCCAUAACCCGAGCGUGGAAACAUUUGCCUUUUUCUGGAUCCUCCAGAUGUUUGGUGGUGAAGGGAAGGCACCCUCCAUCAUGGAAUGGAAGAGUUCCUGGGUGCCAGGCAUUGGCAUCCACAGUUGGAACACAAGGACUCAGCAAUCACUCCUUACAGGUGGCUAACUUUAAUUCUGCUUGUAGAUUUUACAGUGCCACCCCUCCACCACAAAGACCACCAACAUUCUUAGGGAAAAUUAUCGAGAAUCUCCGAGAAGAAAUGUCAAGAAAUCAGAAGAUGAAAGAGAGCUUGAAGGAAUUUAGAAAAGAUAUGGAAAAGCUUGAGAAAUCUGAAGCCUUGCAGAAAGCCAGAGAGAAAUACCAGUCUGUAGAGGAGGAAACAGCAGAAGGAAGCAAAAAGGCUAAGCAGCAGUUAGAAUUCUUGAAGAAACGUGUUUCAGAAACAGUUGAAGAAGCUCAGAAGGCAGAAAUCCUUCAGAAAGCCUCAAAAAUGACUGAAGAGGCAACAAGGCAGGCACAAAAGGUUAGCCAGACCAUUUCACAAAAAGGAGAGGAAUUAAGCAAGACCCAGACAUUCAAAACCAUCUCUGAAACUGCCAAGGCUGUGAAAGAAGAGAUUGACCACUCCACAUUUGGUGGUGCUGGAGCCAGGGUUUACAGAGCUCCUCGGGAACUUAGAAAAAGAGUAGAACGAGACCCUGAAGCAGAACAGAGGAUUAUUCAGGCUAACACAGAGGCAAGUGGUAUGGUCCUACACAAAGACUCUCAGUUUGCUCAAAGUUGGCAAAAUUUCAAGGACAAUAACCCAUAUGUUAACAGAGUAUUGGUAUGGAAAACAAAAUUGGAUGAGAGUGAUAAUCCAGUUGUCCGUGCUUCAAUGCUAGUGAAAGAUAAGGUAUCAGAAUUAUUUGGUGGAGUCUUCCAGCGUACUGAGCUCUCAGAAGCCUUGACUGAGAUAUGCAAAAUGGACCCAACAUUCGACAAAGAACGGUUUCUUCUAGAAUGUGAAUAUGAUAUGAUUCCAAAUGUUUUAGAAGCUAUGAUCAGACCAGAUCUAGAGAUCCUUAAGGACUGGUGUUAUGAGCGAGCCUUUUCUGUAUUAGCAACACCUGUAAAGCAAGCUUAUCAAUUAGGUUUCAAAUUUGAUUCAAAGGUUUUAGAUGUUGACAAUGUGGACUUGGUCAUGGGGAAAGUAAUGGAUGAGGGACCAGUUCUCGCCAUAUCCUUCCAGUCGCAACAGAUUAUGUGUCUACGAAAUCAAAAGGGGGAGGUUGUGGAAGGGGAUCCAAGCAAAGUGCUACGCGUUCAGUAUGUUUGGGUGUUAUGUCGAGACCAGACAGAGCUGGAUUCCAGAGCUGCUUGGAGGAUACUUGAUUUGUCAGCACAGAGUACAGAGCAGUUUGUAUAGUGAAUCAAUUUAGGCAGCAUUUUUUUUUUUUUUUUUUUUUUUUAAGAAAUUGUAAAUUAUUUAGUUAAUGGGCACAACUAUAUUUUUUCCCUGGAACAAAAUGUUAUAAUUAUGGUCAUUAUUUGGAAAUUACUAAUAUGUAAAGCUGCAUAUUAAUGAAAGAAGUUAAGACAUGUGAUAUACACAUGCAGAAAUAGUUUCUAGGCAAUUUCCUACAGAUUAAAGAUAUUUUGAUGUUGAAAUGGAAAAUUAAUAUUUAUACCAUUAUGUAUGUGGAAAUUACAGAUAUUCUUCUAUAAACUAAAAGCUUGUUUUCAGUAUCCUAAUUGUUACCUUGAGAUCUGUGUUCUAACUGUCAGAGGAAGAUUCAACCAUUAACUGUUACUGAUUUGUGUAUGGCUAGCUAGAAUUUAUUAUAUGUUUCUUUCAAACAUAUUCAACAUUCUCUAUAAAUUCCUGGUUCACAAAUGCCUUCAGUGAGAUUAAAGUGACUAACAUUUUAUUUGUCAAUUUGUUAUAAUUUCCAAUUUGUGAAAGGUUGAACACAAUGUUACAGGCAGGAAAAGAAUGAUUAAGAGCUUCCACCGAAGUUGUAAAUGGAAUAAGCACUAAUAUUUACAAAGUAUGGGAUUCCGUUGUUGAAGUGACAUUUGUUUUUGAAGACAUUGAUAGAUACCUAUAGAUGCAAUCAUCACCUGUAGGAAUAUUUAGGAAAGUGCUAGUGCAAAUAUAAUUAAACUAGGGUACUUUGAGCCUUUUUUGUGAAACCAAGUUACUCAGUGUGACAAUCCAAUGUGUAAGUAAUUGAGAACUAUAUAAUUUAUUUACUUAUUUUUUCUUGCAAUUUAUGUUCAUGAUUUCAGAGGACUAGACCAGAAAAAAUAUAAACAUUCCCAAAUUCAUUUAAGGUGAGAUUUUGUAUUUUCCAAGUAUUUUGUGUGUUUAAAUGCCUCAUCAGUUACAGGAAAAAAGGUUAAUUUGAUUUUGAAGAUGAGGGACAUCAACUUUUUGGAUUUGUAAUGGGAUUAACAUGAUUUGGUCAUUUCUUCACACUUGUUCACUUCACUAUGUAUAUUUAUCACAAAGAGUAAGUACUGCUCUUUGUCAUCAUUAUGUAAUCAUAGAAGUCAUUUAUGAUUUCAGGGUUUGUUAAAGUAAAACGCAGUUGAUAUUGUAAAUAUGUAAUAUACGUUGUUUUGAAA